AUGCCUACUGAACUUGAAGAAUUAGUUGAGUUUUUACACUCUUCUCAAGCUCCAAUUAGAACUGUCGCUUUAGAAAACUUGGUUGGGUUCUCUCAAGGUCCACACAGUGUUAUAUUUUCCCAUGAUGACUAUAGACCAAUUAAAGAUUUGAAGAUCUUAGCUCGAGACAAAGGGAAAACUAUUGUUCAACAAUCAAUGACUAUAUUGGCCAACUUGUGUGAUGAUGAAAAAAUUAGAGAUAUAAUAGCUUCUGAUGAAUCAUUUUUGAAAUUUUUAGUUUCAAGCAUUAUUGAUCUUGAUAAUAGAAAUGCAGAUCUAGCCACUAUUCUAUUGACAAAUUUAGCCAAGAAUGAUCAUAUCACCAAAAUCUUUGAAAUAAAAGUGGAGCCUACUAAUAAAGAUGUUUUCAAAAGUACAAAUGCCAUUGAUUGUUUAAUUGAUUGUUUUGUUAAAGGAUCCGAGAGAAACUUGAAUUCAAAUGCAAAUUUCGAUUAUUUAUCAUUCUUCUUUGCAGAUUUAUCAAGAUUCUUGGAAGGUAGAAAAUAUUUUGUUACAAAGCAAGAAUAUGAUGAUAUUGUCCCAAUUUCAAAACUUUUAGUAUUUACUGAGAAGUAUGAUUCUAAGAUAAGAAGAGAAGGUGUUGCUUCAACAAUCAAGAAUGCUUUGUUUGAAAUUGAUUCUCAUCAAAUGCUUUUGGAAGAUGAAUCUGUUAACUUAUUACCAUACAUUUUAUUACCUAUCUCAAGUUCAAAAGAUGCUGAAAUAGACGAGGAAGAAUUAUUCAAUUUACCAGAUGAAUUACAGUUAUUACCACCAGAUAAGCAGAGGGACCCGUCACCUGAAAUUAUUGCAGUUCAUUUAGAAAGUUUGUUAUUGCUAUGUACAACUAGACCUAUUAGAGAAUAUUUACGUGAAAAAUCAGUUUAUCCAUUGAUUAGAGAAUUACACAAGAAUAUAGAUAUUGAUGAUGUUGCUGAAAUCUGUGAAAGAUUAGUUCAAAUGUUGAUGAGAGAUGAAAACCCGAAUGAAGAAAAAGUGGAGGAAAUUCCAGAAAAGAUUGAAGAUGGAGAUGAUUACGAAAGUGAAGGUGAUGAUGAAAUCAUGGAAGUUUUAUGA